AUGCUAACGAACGCACUACUCCUCUUAACGACGAUUUUCUACGCCUCCGCACUCUCCCUCGAAGGUUGCAAUGUCACGGAGUCAUGCUGGUUUCAUCCGCCAAAAUGUGAAGAGAACGACCGAUCCAAAUGCAUUUCUGGAGUGCGGUGGUCGAUGGAACCCGAUGGCCUCAAGAUACAGUUACAAACGUACGUAAAUGACCUGGAUCUCACUCGCCCAGUUUAUGCCGCCCUCGGUUUCAGCUACAAUCAGAGAAUGGAUGAUGAUACUGUCGUCGAGUGUGUGCAGCCGCUGCAUGGACCAGGAAAAGUGCAAGUCUCUUUCAAUGACGAAACCUCCAAUAAUGUUCUGCCACAGGCUUCCUCAGUUCUUCUCGAAGGCGGCAGUUCGGCACUGGAAGAUGGACUGCUGACGUGCAACAUGAAAUUCAUGCUGGACAACGUUCCGCUUGUUUCCAACGAGACUCAAUUCAUGAUUCACGAUCUCGAAUCACAACCAUAUUUCCUUUUGUUUGCCCGUGGCAGUGCUGAUCCAUGGACUCUCGAGAAAGACAUCCACUCUGUUAAUGAUAAUCCUCAGUUUCCAUGGAUGUCUCAGGAAAUGGUUUUGUUCUGCCGUGAGAACUGCACUUCAAACAAUUUUUAUAACUUAGAUGAUGGGAUACAAUCGAAAGUUGAACGAUUCUGGAGGUAUCGUGUAGCUGUUCUUCAUGGAGUCGCGCUCAUUUUUGCUUGGUGGGUGCUUGGUUCAUCGGCCAUUCUCAUCGCUAGAUAUUUCAAACCGUUGUUUCCGCGGAAAAGGUUGCUUGGAACUGCCGUUUGGUUUCAGCUCCAUCGCGACCUCUUUGUAGUUUCGCUUGUCCUGCAAAUCCUCGCCGUUGUUUUCAUUUUCUGGCAAGCAAGUUGGGUGUGGUAUCAAUGCUCCUAUCAGUGUACGCCGAAGGAUUUUUCGAAGAAAAUGCACGCCAUCACAGGCAUUAUAGCAACGAUACUGGCUGCGCUACAGCCUUUCAUCGGUUUUGCUCGCCCUUCACCGAAUUCCGAAUACCGUUACAUCUUCAACUGGACUCACUGGUUAGUCGGCAUGAUCGCUUGGAGUUUUGCCAGUGCAACAAUGGUUCUUGCGCUUCCGAUGGGUAAAACGGGAUUGAACGCCGUCUACGGAUAUGUACCAAACUACGUGAUGGGUGGAUACAUUCUAUUCUUUAUUGGAUGCAAUAUUGUAAUGGAAAUGCUUGCCACAAACAACGAUGUUCGAAUGGAAAAAUUAGUCUCGGAAAUUAAGCCGCACCAAUUUAUUGUAGGCCCGUCGGGGAUGGCUCUUUCCCAUUUGAAUGGGCCGGCGGUGGAAUCACCACUAGCACCGCCGACUCGAGCCAACGCGCGGCUCCUAAUCUUUUUCCUGCACCUGAUCGUCGCGCUGGGGGUCGCCAUCACGAUUACGGUAAUGCUCGUGAAGAUCCUUCUCUCACAUUCGCCUUGA